AUGAAGAAAGAGCACGAAUUGUUUUCUGACAUAGUUGUAGUCGACAUUGUGGAUUUUUACAACGAUCUUACACUGAAGACAAUGGUGAUGUUGAAAUGGGCAGUGACGUACUGCCUACAUGUGAAGUACGUCAUGAAAGUGGAAGAUGACGUUUUCAUCAACUUCGACAACCUCAUAGGCCUUUUGAGCAAUGUAAAGCGAAACAAUUACAUCGUAGGUCACGUGUACAAAAAUGCAAAACCCAUACGAGACGACCAGAAUAAAUGGUGUACCAGUAAAGACUAUUGGGCACUCAAUAUCUUUCCAGCGUACAUAAGUGGUGUGGCCUACGUAAUGUCAGUGAAUGUUGCAAAAUCAAUUUAA